UUCUUUGCAGCUCCUGGAUAAAUCACAAUAAACUACUACAGUAAAGGAACUUCCCUUAAGAUGGCGGAAGUGCAACCAAGGGGAAGUGCACGACUUAUAAAGUGUAUUGGAAAGAGCUACGUUUCGAUGACGUCAGAUAAAACCGGAAAUGCGUGCAGAACCUCUCUACCAAACUUGCCCAAGUUCCUUGCGAUUGGCUAUGGAGAUGGGCUCGAUACCAAACACCUACCUGCUCGCUGUACAGGCUCACUUGAUACACAACAUAUGAAAUAGUGACUUCUGCGCCCUAUGUAGUGCACUAUGUGUGUAAAUUGGGACCGAGCCAGUCUGGUUGCUCGCGCGGCGUCGAGCUGGGCGGGAUACAGGACGCCUGAAAAAAAAAGUUUUAUAUUUGUGAACUAAAUGUUUUGUAUGAAUAAUUUAUUAUAUCUAUAUCUAUUUUAAGAAAGUAAGAAAGGUCCGGCGUAUUUUAAAUAUUGUGCUUCCGGAAGUUGUUUUAAAUAGCCUACAGUGUUCCACUGGAGCAAACUGAGAGCAGAGAAUUUAGCAUUUAGCCGCAUUUAAUCCUGAAUUAGCACUAAACAAAGCUAACGCGGUGUUUGUUGUGUUUGUUAAGCGCGCGCGCGCGGUUUCCACGCAGUAAACACUCGCGCUGCGUCGUUCUUUUUGUUGGAAUCGAACGCGGCUGCCAUGGAGACGAGCGCGCGCCGUUUCAUCCGCUGGCGGAAACACAGUCAUCACUAGAGCGCUGCCUUUUGUUCAGCGGAGUUGUGCUGGGAUUCUGUCACAGUCUCGGCGUUUUUCAGAGCGGAGGCGGGGGCGGAUUAUGGCACCGCACAAGCCCGGCUCGGAUCCCUACAGAUCCGCAAAAACACACGCGCAUCCGACACAUGCCAGCAGCCUGGCCAUGAGUGCUGCCAAGAGACCCAAAAUGGAGCAGCUCCAAGCCGACCAUGAGCUCUUCCUGCAGGCCUUCGAGAAACCGACUCAGAUAUACCGGUUCCUUCGAACGAGGAACCUCAUGGCUCCCAUUUUUCUGCACAGGACCCUCACGUACAUGUCCCACCGCAACUCACGAGCCAGCGGCAAAAGAAAACAUUUCAGCAUGGACGAUCUGCUCUUCAAAGUGGAGAGGAUGAAAACGGAGCAGGAGGCGCACAAUUUGGCGUCACACCUGCAGCUCACCUUCACUGGCUUCUUCCAUAAAGUUGAUAAGACGCAGAACUGCGAAAACGAGGAGAGCUCUGUGUCACUGGAGGUGUUGCUCAUCAAAGUGUGUCAUAAGAAGAGGAAGGAUGUGAGUUGCCCCAUAAAACAGGUGCCUACAGGGAAGAAGCAGGUGCCGUUGAACCCGCGGGUGAAGACGGGGACGUGGCCGACCAUCACGGUGCCCAGUCAGGAGUUUGAACCCAGUAACAGUCACAUGGUGAAGUCGUACUCACUGCUCUUCAGGGUCACGUGUUCUGCAGGGAGGGAGAUCAGCACCCGAGACAACAACGUUGCUGACGAGAUAUCCGGCAGGAAGAAACGUUACUCCUCCCACCGUGAUGACGGAGAGACAACGUUUGUAGCACAGAUGACAGUGUUUGAUAAGAACAGGCGUCUGCAGCUGCUGGACGGUGAAUAUGAAGUGUCGAUGCAGGAGAUGGAGGAGUGUCCCGUCGGCAAGAAACGAGCCACGUGGGAAACCAUUGUGGAUGGAAAGUGGGUUCCUCCAUUCGACACGUUCUCUCACGGCCCGACUCUGCAGUUCACGCUCCGCUGGACAGGCGAGGAAAGUGACAUCACCACGCCGCCGAUGACCCGACCGCUCGCUACACGCAACACACACACGAGUGGCAGCGAGAACCAGAGGACUAACACUCCUAAACCAUCGCAAACAGUAGCUGUUAAAGAUCCUGUGAGCUCAGACGCUCUCUUGCGGAAAGAGCAGCUUCAUGUGGAGCCUCGGCAGAAACUCCGUGUUUAUUAUCAGUUUUUGUAUAACAAUAACACGCGGCAGCAGACGGAGGCUCGCGACGACCUGCACUGUCCCUGGUGUACGCUUAACUGCCGUAAACUUUACAGCCUCCUCAAACACCUCAAACUGUCUCACAGCCGCUUCAUCUUCAACUAUGUGCCUCACCCUAAAGGAGCGCGGAUAGACGUGUCGGUGAACGAGUGUUACGAUGGAUCCUAUGUUGGAAAUCCUCACGACCUGCACUGCCAGCCCGGCUUCGCUUUCAGUCGCAACGGCCCCGUUAAACGCACCUGCGUCACACACAUCCUUGUGUGCAGGCCGAGGCGCACUAAGCCGAGUCUGUCCGAGUUCCUGGAGUGUGACGAGGUUCCGUUGGAGCAGAGGAGGCCGUUAGUGAGCGGCCAUAACCGCCUGUACUUCCACAGUGACAGCUGCAUGCCCCUGCGUCCUCACGAGAUGGACGAGGACAGUGAGGACGAGAAAGACCCCGAGUGGCUGAGGGAGAAAACGGUCAUGCAAAUUGAUGAGUUUACUGACGUCAACGAAGGAGAGAAGGAGGUGAUGAAACUGUGGAACCUUCAUGUAAUGAAACAUGGAUUUAUAGCUGAUAAUCAGAUGACUCAGGCCUGCAUGCUGUUUGUGGAGAACUACGGCUCUAUCGUCGUGGAGAAGAACCUGUGCCGGAACUUCCUGCUGCAUUUGGUCAGCAUGCACGACUUCGGCCUGGUGAGCACACUGACCAUCGACAGGGCCAUGGCUCGCCUGCGCCAGCUUAAACCGGCCCCGAAUAACAACAACGCCGACCCUGCGAAGGAACACGCCUGAAACUCAGCAGCACAGAAACCUUAGAACCUUUCCCAGACAACAGGAGCUGCCAGACCUCUGGAUGCCAGAUCAUUCAUUUUAACCACAAAUCAACUGAUUCAUUGGAGCUAAUGAACUACGUCGUGCUUUGAAAUAAACGUGGGUGCUAUUUUUGUACCUUUUUUUUUUUUUUUUUUUUUUUUCCUCCCGCCAAUUUUCGAAUGGAAAUAUUUUUAAUAUAUUUUAAACAGCGUGACAAAUGGGUAAGACUUGGCUUUGGCGACUUUUAUUUUAUUUUUUUUGUUUGUUUUUUGUUUUUUUGUUUUUUUGUAUAAUUAUUUUGUCUGAUGUUUUUGAAACUGUGUCUACAUUUAGGCAGCAGCGGGCGAUAUGACAAAAAUGGUCCCACUAGCACAUCCGGGGGUCAACAAGGGUUAAAUCUGAUCACCUGUCAUCACACUGCCACUCUUUAGCUCAAUGUCCUGAUGAGCAUAAAAUCCUGGUGUUUAGUACAUAUUACAGGAACAUUUGCUGAGCAAGCCGGCUACCUACACACAGCACUGCACAAACGUUAGCAGCUAGCUAGCGAGUUUGCAAAGUAGCUAGGAAUAGACAAAAUCACUAGCAUGCUUGCUAGUGGGUAACUCUUUAUGCCUAGCUGGAGGUCGAGCCAAAGAUGUAAACAGAAAGGUAGUGAUGUCAUCAUAUGAUCAAGCUUUGUGAUUGGCACAUUUAAUUCAAGCUCCGUCCUUGAUGUCCGGUCGAUCAUCACAAUACAUGAUGCUUAAUAUAAAAUUUUAAUUUUUGGAAAAUUAGAAUACGCCUGUGGGGGAAAAAAACUAUUGAAGUGUUUAAUAAAUGAAUAAAUACAGUAUGAAUGUGGGCAUCAUUUCCUCAAAGUCCAAUUAGCUACUUGUUUGCCAAGCAUUGUGGCUUUUUUAAUUUGAAAAGGCAUCGCCACUGGUUGUUAAUAUGCUUUCUAUGAUUGCUUAAUAAGAGAUUUAGACCAAAAACAUAUGGUUUUUAUUUCCCACCCCUGAUGCCUAACAUACAUUGGUGCACGUAUCUUUAUUCUGCCGGGUGACAGCUCUCAACGAAGGCGAAGCUUAAGCUAAAACCGAUCAGCCGACCCGCAGAUUUGACUGUCUUUGGCUCAACGUCAUGACUUCAAUAUGAAAUUAAAUACGCAAUAUAACUAGACAGCUAACAUUAGAUAGCUAGCUACUUAACAUCAGACAACAAAACUAUUUAGCUAGCUAAUGUUAGUGCUGCCUUCUGGUAGUUGAAUGUUAUUAAACCAGGAAAGGAAAACAGGAAAGCUGCAUCUGGCAAUAUUCUGAUGCACUGUAAAAGAAAAAGAAAAAAAAAAAAACAUCUCAGGAAAGUUCAACGGUAAACAAUAAGAGUUGCAUUACAACACUGUGACGGAUAGCGUUUUCUUGACGUCUGAAUGGUAACCAGCGCCAGAGCUGCAGCAGUGCUCUGAAAUAUCGAGCCGUUAAAUACGCCAUAUUAAGUACAUGAUUUCCUGUGAGUGUUAGGGUUAUUCAGAUGUUAAAAUCAAGCAGGUUGCUUACCUGUAGGUCGAGUCAAAGAAGUGGCAUCGAAGGCUAGCGUUUCGAUCAUGUUGGCCUGUAGCUGUUCAACUUGCCCUUGUUGACCUAGACACGUCUGUUACUCUGUAAAAUCAGUUUGCGCACAUCGGUAGAGCAGAGUUGGUAUUCGCUGUUUCGCUGUUUCCUUGUAAAUGCCCAACUAAACUCUUUAGCUUGCUGAUUAACACACCCUUAAUUAUAGGCAUCAGGGGUGUGAGAGUGACACACACACACACAGGGCGCUGUGGUUAAAGGUGCUGAAACUCAAGUGUGAAUGUCUGUAACUGUUGCACUGAAACCGGGUGGUACACGCUGGGCAUGUGCUGGUGAUCAAUUACACGGUAUAAUCCAUGAUGCUGUGAAAUAUCUGCAUUGUCUCUUUCUGUUGCUUUCCAUUUCGGAGCAGAUUUUAUGUUGCGCUAUUGACUACUCCGCAAUAUUAUAUCUUCACAAUAUUACGUUGACCUGUGCCUGCUGUCAUUGGCCAGCUUUUUGUAUCUGACCUAGCUAGGUGACUAGCUCUAAACUACGCUAGCUAGGAAGUCACGUUUGCGGUCUGUCAGGUUUGCGUUACAGCAGUUAGUUAAACGUAAUUUUUAUUUUUUUUUUUCUCCCCACUAGCCAGUUCUCCGCUUGAAUACAAAACAAGAGUUGCGAAAAUUUGGCUAGCUAUUUACCUAACACAGGCUAGCAUACGUUGGCUUGCUAGGUCUCCGCUUCAAAGUGCUUAAAGUUACUAAAUGUGACAAAACUUUGCCUUUUAAACAGAGUUAUCUAUCCUAGUGAAGAGCAAGCUAAUAAAUGCUAGUUACUCGGGUGCACUUUCUGCUAAGUUUAAAGAUAUUCGGCAGCUGACAGAAACAUACCUAUUGAGUGACACCACAUCAGUAAAUGGUGUCCCACUAGCACAAGGACAGCUUUCUUCUCAGAUGUUAAGCACAUACGAAGGCACUGUUUUAUGUCGCCUAUGCGUCUGAGGUUUUAAAAAAAAAAAGAAAAGAAAAGGCUGGCCAGUGAGGACAGCUACAGCUAAACAUUGCGACACGGCAAUUCAAUAUCGGCACAUGCCUAAAGCACACACACAUACAGGGUAACACACUCACAGCUUUGUGAGCAGGGAGACACCUUGCUGAAUUGUUUACACUUCAUUUAAAUGUACUUCAUGCAGGAUGCAGACUUUUAGUGUGGAUAUUUUAGUCAUCUAGGUGGUUUUUUUGUUUUGUUUUAUUAUUUUUUUUUUGGGUAGAAAAAAAUUAGGAAUGCACUGAUCCAUAUUUUUCAUUUUUUUGAAGUUUGAUGCUCAUUUGUGCACAAUUAAUAUUGACUUGUAAUAGUGAUGUGUAAAUACAGGACUAGCUUAAACUGUCAUUUAUGCUCUCUUACAGUUACAUUCCAGCAUGCCCCUGUGCAGUAUGAGCAGGAGCAUUGAUUUGAUUUUAAACUAGGGUCAGGUUUUGGAAUGGUCCAGAUCUAAAUAGGACGGCUGUAGGUAAACAUCAGAUCACUCUAACGUUCACAGCAAGUAAACCAACAGCGGAUCAGAUCGGAACAUAUCAAAUCCUUUCUGACGUCGGUAUUCCGUAUCAGAUCGGUGCAUCCCUAGUGAGAAGUGCAGGUUCUUUCUUUCGUUCUUUCUUUCUUUUUCCCAUUUAUAUUUUUAAUAGCAAUGUUUCUUUUCUUUCCUGCUGAUUAUGUUUUGAAUAAUUUUCUGUCUUUUUGCUGUUUUACUUUGCUUUAACCAAAAUGCAGUGACGCGCACGUGCCGCUAAUCAGGUAUACAAUACAUCACGAUAUUCCGAAUGUGAGCAAUCAAAAUACUAUCUCUAAACGUCUCAUAAGAAUCCUUAUUUUGGAUAAAUUUCAAGACAGUCUUGUCUUUGGCAGAGAAGGCAGUACUGUAAUUUAGUUUAGUUUGAAAAACACAAUAAAUAGAACUGAUGCUCCAGGUACAGUUAAAAUGUGUUUUUUUGUUUGUUUGUUUGUUUUUUUUAAAGAAUAUAGUGUGAUCAUUUCGUAAACACUGAUUAAUACAUUUGAAAAUUAAUUUUAUAUGAUCUAAAAAUGUAAAAUCAGCACAUGGCCUACAAAGGCAGAAUAUGUAUACAAGCCACACAACUAGGCUUGUGCCAAUACAUAUCGUUAUCUCUGCCUGUCUUUUUAAUUACGGUUUUUAAAAUUCUCAUGCUGUGUUCCAAAAUUUCUUGCUACUAUACCUAGUACUCCUAAUGGAAAUGUCAAAUCAGCCUUCUGCCAAGCAGUUUUCUCUCUAAAGUGUCCAUGAUAACAAUAUAGUGCGUGCUAAAUAUCACUUUUAUUGUAGCACUGAUUAUCGGCACAUAGCUAUACUGUGUAAUGGGGAAUAGAUGCAAAACAAAAAAAAAGAAAAAAAAAAGGGGAUUAUAUCUCUUGAGAAGGAUAAGGUUUUUUUUCGAUGGAGUCGAGUUCACAUACCAAAGGGAGCGACGCUACUGCAGUGUUUUGAAACUCUUCGAGCGUCCAUUUUGGAGGUUACGCUUUAUUUCCGCUGGAGCUUUGUGAGAUUUCAUAUUAAAUUCUGCAGAAAUGUGACUUUACCAGCUAAAAACUUUUUUCAGCGCCUCAAACGGAGACCAGCGUCGUUUGCACAAGAUACGGCUGGCCACGGGGGGGAGAAAUCUAUAAACUGAUAAGAACCAGCUUGUUGGUGCUUUUGCUCAAAAAGAGUUGUUUUGUUUCCUAUUUAAAAAAAUAAAGGAUUUUUCAUUGCCAAUGA